AUGCCCCCUGGUCGGCAAUCUCACGGGCGGCAAGCCCACGGGCGACCGCUGUUGUCCUCGAAGCCAGCGACAAAGAACUUUCGCAAGUCGAAAAACAAGGCCCAAGUCAAGGCGCUCGACGCCUUCACCACCGCCUCGGAGCUGUACGCGCCCAAGGAGAAGCGCACGCCACGGUUCCGCGAGAUCGAGGCCGCACCGGAAGCCCGGAAGAAGCGCCGCGCCGCGGACGACGACGACGAUGAAGACGGAGAGGAGGACGAUGAUGAGGACGACGACCAGCCCAGGCGGAAGAAGGCCAAGCCCUCUGCUGGCGGCGGCGGGGGUGAUGAUUCGGAUGAGUACGGCAGCGACAGCGACGGAAACGAGUGGCAUUAUGGCGUCAACGAGGACGAGGAUUCGGAACUCGACAGUGACGAGGCCUUUGGAGACAGCGAUCACGAGGAUUUCCAGGGCUACGCAUUCGGAGGCAGUAAAGGCAAGAAGGGAAAGCAGGACGACUCCGAAGAAGAAGACGAAGACGACGACGAGUCCCUCGGCGAGGACGCGAUAGACCUGGCGCAAGCCCUGGACGAGUACGAAUCCGACGAGUCCAUGGCCGACCAGGAAGGCGAGGACGACUCCGACGACUCAGAAUCCGAAGCCGAGAGCCCGCCCUCCUCGGACGAGGACGAAGACGAUCAGGAGGCGGACCCCUCUAAGCUCGGCGAUCUCCAAAAGUUCAUCGCCGGCUUCGGCGGCGACGGCGACGACGACAAGGACGCGGCGCCUACCAAGCAGAAGCAAAAGAUCAGCUUCAAGGACCUGGGUCUCUCGGGCGUCAAGGACGCGCAGAUGCGCAAGUCGGUCAAGCUCAUGGCCAAGGAGGAAAAGGAGGCAUCCCGCCCCGGGGCAGGCAAGAAGCUCGAGGUACCCCUGUACAAGAGGCAGCAGGACCGCCUCGCGCGCGCGGCGGCCUACGACAAGGCCAGCGAGACCAUUGGCCGGUGGCAGGAGACUGUGAAGCAGAACCGCCGCGCCGAUCACCUCGUCUUCCCCUUACCGCAGAACGCCGCCGACGAGGGGCUCGACAACCGCGAGCUGCAGGCCAUCACGGCCAAGACCUCGACGGGGUCCGAGCUCGAGCAGACGAUUCUCAACAUCAUGCAAGCCUCUGGUCUCGCGAUGAAUAAGCAGGAAGAAAACGCCCGCGCGAAAGCCGAGCGCGAGGAGGGCAUGUCGCAGGAGGCCUUGAAGGACCUGAUUCACCAGCGCCGGCGCGAGAGGGAGCUUGCCUCCCGCGAGACCAAGCGCGCGGCCCGCAUCAAGAAGAUCAAGUCCAAAGCGUAUCACCGCGUCCACCGCAAGGAGAAGGAGCGUGAGGCGGCGAAGCUGCACGAGGCCAUGGCCGAGAGCGGCGAUAUCGACGUCGACUCGGAGGCCGAGCGGGACGCGCAGGACCGCGCAAGGGUCCUCGAGCGCGUCGGCGCAAGGCAUCGGGACUCCAAGUGGGCCAAGCUUGGGUCGUCCAACAAGCGCGCCGUCUGGGACGAUGAGUACCGCGCCGGUCUGCACGAUAUGGCGCGCCGCGAGGAAGAGCUUCGGAGGCGGAAGGAGGGUCGGGCGGGUGAAUCCGAGGAGGACCGGUCUUCUGAUGACGACAGCGGUAGCGAAGACGAGGAGAGUGGCAGCGGCGGCAGGGAGAACAGAAGACUGCUGAAGCAGCUCGAGAGCCUCGAGAACGAGGAGGACGAUGCCCCCCAAUCCGACCUGAUGAAGAUGAAGUUUAUGCAAAAGGCCGAGGCCCAGCAGAAGAAGGCCAACGACGAGCUCAUUGCGCAGAUCCGUCGGGACCUCGACUCUGACGGCGAGGGCCAGAGUGACGAGGAGGAAGUCACAGAGGUCGGCCGCAAAAAGUACGGCAGCGCGGCGCAACCCGCCAUCUCUGUCCCGGCCCUAUCCAGGAAGCAUAGGAAAGCCGCCGCCGCUCAAGAUGAUGACGACAACAACGAAGAUGACGGCCCCGACAACAGCGCCGUCAACACUGGCUUCUCUGUCACCGCGGAGCCCUCGACGACAGGCUCGGCCUGGUCCUCGGGCCCCCGCAAGAAGUCCGCCAAAACAGGCGGCAAGUCCAGCGGCGCGCGCGUCGAAGACCUAGACAACACCCUCGCCAUCACAGCCUCCUCCUCCGCCUCGAAGUCCAAGUCAAAGUCUUUGGCAACAAAACCAAAAUCAUCAACCCUCGCCGACGAAUCCGACGCGGACUCCUCCUCUGACGACGCAGACGCUCACCUCCCCCUCGCCAUCCGCGACAUCUCGCAAAUGGACAAGGCUUUCGCAGGCGACGACGUCGUCGUCGACUUUGCCAAAGAAAAAGACGAGAUCCAGGCCGCCGACGACGACAAGGUCAUUGACAACACGCUGCCCGGCUGGGGCGGCUGGGUCGGCGACGGCGUGAGCGCGCGCGAGAAGAAGCGCCAGCAGGGCCGGUUCGUGACAAAGGUCGAGGGCGUCAAGAAGGCGAACCGCAAGGACGCCAAGCUUGAUAGGGUCAUUAUCAGCGAGAAGCGCGUCAAGAAGAAUGACAAGUAUCUCGCUACGCAACUCCCUCACCCCUUCGAGUCCAAGGAGCAGUACGAGCGCUCGCUGCGCCUACCCCUGGGCCCGGAAUGGGUCACCAAGGAAUCGCACCAGGCGGCGGUCAAGCCGCGCGUGCUCAAGAAGCAGGGCAUCAUUGCGCCCAUGUCCAGACCGACAAUGUAG